GGCCCAGCCAGCGGGGUGGGCGUUUAAACUGGGCCUGUUUCCGCUGUGUUGGUUCAGCCCACCGAAUGACGAGGGCCUCUCGUGCUCUGUGAUUAUUUUGUUGGGAAACUUUGAGAUUUGUUGAUAGUGAAGUUAGAACCUAUCAGUGACACCGUGUGAUAUGGCGCUCAUCCACAUUAUUACUAUUGCUCUCAUUAUUCGCGCGUGCUUUUCUCUAUAAAGAAGCGAGGUUCCUACAUUUUAUGACAGGAUUCACUUUGGUGGAGUUUUAAAAACUUGAUCUUUGUAUAAGUGUUUCUCUCAAAGAUGAAACGGUAAAAAUAGGAUCUAAAUUUUUGGCUGUGUUUUCAUUGCGGCUUCUGAAGAUUACAGUACGAGUCAGGUGUUAUCUAAAUGAUGAAUCUGUUUGCAACAAUCUAGAGAUGCUGCGGAAGGCUGUGUCUUCGUUCGUCAUUUGAGGUUGUGACUUCGUAAAUGUUCGGAUUGCUCGACUUCGAAAGCGAUGUGCGAAAUUUGAAUCGUUGGAUGUGAAACUAUUUAUCAGUGAAUUUAUGUGUGACAUGGUAAUAGCACGGGCCUAGGACUGGCGUGAUUCUGUCACCAGUAGCGUAAGGACUACUCGCCGGACACAACAUUAUUUUUUUGUCCCUCCUAGACGAGCCUUGAGCUCCCUACGACGGCCUUCACCCUGACGGGCCACUCCAGCAGCUACUUCAAGCAGGACUUUGCUGGCUGGUUCCCGCCACCGCCGCACACCUCCGCCUCCACAGCCUCCUCGCCUGCCUCCUCUUCGGACGUGGCAGACAUGCUGGACUACUGCACCAACCUCGGGACCGAUCCCGUACAGACGGGCUACGGUGGCGGCCACGCACACCACCACCACCAUCAGCAUCACCACCCCGCCCACCCCCACAGUCAACAGCACACGUCAUCACAUCACAGUCCGGGCUCAGGGAGUUCCUCUAGCCCCGGUGACCGUAACUCCGCGCCCGCUCCGUCCUCCGCUGUCCCCCCGGGCAUGUCAUCCAUCUUGAACAUGAACCAUCAGAACUCAAUGGAGACCUCAAGACAACAGAGCGCCUUCGUGCUCAGCUCGCCUCCUCUAGCCGCUCUCCAUAACUUGACAGAGAUGAAGUUCCCGUCCACCUCGGGAUCUCUACUGCCUCAGGACUAUUCCCCAGACGCGUUGAAGCAGAUGCAGGUAGCCAUGUCCCACGCGCUGUCCACCCCUCACGGCAUCUCGGACAUCCUAAGCCGGCCUCAUGCGGCUCUUGGUCUGCCCCGGCUCAACCCAGGCAUGUACCUCGGCCACCAGAAUCGCUUCCCCAAGCUGGCAGAACUCCCGGGCCGGCCGCCGAUCUACUGGCCUGGAGUGCUACCGCAGCCCUGGAGACCACCUGGUGCAGGCCAGAGGUACACGUCACAAUCCAACACAGUUGUCGUGGACAAAGAUGGGAAAAAGAAACACACGAGACCUACUUUCUCAGGCCAACAAAUCUUCGCUUUAGAAAAGACCUUCGAACAGACCAAAUAUUUGGCAGGACCGGAAAGAGCGCGACUGGCCUACGCGCUCGGCAUGUCGGAGUCCCAAGUAAAAGUGUGGUUCCAAAACCGGCGGACAAAAUGGCGGAAGAAACACGCCGCGGAGAUGGCUACGGCCAAGAAGAAGCAGGAGCAGGCGGAGGACAUGGUAGGAAACUCGGAACCAGAGGAUGAGAACAGCGAGCAGAUGCUCAAGGAAGAUUGUAACUUCUUAGACGGUGUAGAUUUGUAGGGGAUAGCUUUGGCAUGUCCAGAGAAACCAGCUUCUUGGUGACCAGGCGUCAGGAGAACUUUUCGUGUUCGUUGAACUUCUGAGAAGCAUCGCCGAGAGACCUGCUUCUUGAUUUGUGAGACUUCGUCAAAAGUGUGAGCUGCUAAGAAUGAUCUUGUCGAAAGAAACCACGGUGCAAUGUUCUUAUGAUAAUCUCCGCAAUUUUGUGUUGUUUUCGUCGGUACAAUCGGUCUUCAUCACUCUGUGCGAAUGCUCUUGUUGCUAAAUACAGCUCCAGGAGAAGUUAAGGUGGCCUUUUGAAAGCGCGAAGACUGACGACUUGGGUGCAGAGGCACACACCCAACACAACCUGUUGUCACAAAUAGCUUAGUAAUUGAAAGGGGGCGUGGAGGAGGGAGCUGGGGUGGGAAUUUUGAAUAAAAACAGUGGGGCAGUGAAACAAAUAUUUGAAAGGGGCAUAUU